AUGUCGCGUAGUGUAGCAUGGAGGGGGACAGUCACCGACCUUGUGAGCUGGAGACAGGACCAGGCAGAGAGAGCUACCAUGUACAUAUUGAGAGAGAUUGGUCCAACUGGAUUUUUACUGAAGGAAGAAGGUGAAAAGGGAAAACUAAAGGUCUUUCUUGGAGAUCCACACUCGUGUACUUGCAAAAACUUUCGAACAGAUAAGGAUAUUUGUCAACACAUCUGCUGGGUUAUUUUAAAGAAAUUUCGUGUACCCCGCCAGAAUGAAAUUUCUUUUCAGAAAGGACUUGUUGAAAGAGAAAUCAAUCAGGUACUGCGAGGAGUUACACAGCGUGAGGAUCCACGUCGGAGGGGACAAGGCUAUUUACAAGCAAAAAAUGCUGAUAAAGGCACCCCUACUCAAGUUGGUCUUGACGGGAAGUUGAUGCUAGAGCAAAGACCGAUUACUGAAGAUGAUGUCUGUCCAAUUUGUCAGGAUGAGUUACUGGAGAAACAUGAACCAGUCACUUACUGCAGAUAUGGUUGUGCCAAGAGUAUCCAUAUCAAAUGUAUGAAGGUAUGGGCUGAGCAUCAGAAAUCACAGGGUGAGACGACCAUACAGUGUCCUCUAUGUAGGGAGAACUUUGGACCACUUCAGGCAUUGGAGUCUGAGUACAGGAACUCAUCCCUCAGGAAAACAAGAGCUGAGAGGUUGGAUUUACACCUCGGAUCAGUCUGUAAACGUUGUCAGAUGUCACCAUUACAAGGAAAAUGUUACAGGUGUACGACCUGUGUUGACUACUGUCUCUGUCAGGGAUGUUUUAAUACUGACACACAUACACAGCAUUCAUUUGUUUAUAGACAGAAAUCCAACCAAAGGUGGAGGCCAGCAGAAAGAGGUUCAGGCACUGUAUUACCCUCAGCUGUUGUUAGUGCUUUACAAAACCGUGAAAUUACCGAUAAUGAUUAUGACAUGCUUCUACAACUAGACAGUAACGAAGCAGAGAAUGCCACCACUGUUCCUGAAUACUUGGUACAGUCAUUAGCCAAACAUACAAUAAGGCCGAGUAGUUUAUUAUUAACUCCUGGUGCCCAGUGUAGAAUAUGCCUUAGAUCCUAUUCUGUGGGACAAGUUGUCAAGAAACUGCCAUGUAAACAUGAGGUGAGAACAAAACUAUGA